GCUGCGCGCCGCCGGCGAGCGGGAGCGCGCACCGUGACAUCGAGCGGCGGACGGGCUCGGGCUUGGGGGGGGGGAGUCGUCGCUAAGUCGUCGACCGAGGCGGAGGAAGAAUCCGAGGUGCGUCGGGGAUCGGCGGUGUGGAGUCGGGCCGCGGCAGGUGAGGAUAAGGACUGGUAUUGUUGAUGAUGUCCCAGGAGAAGGCAUACCUGGUGGCAGGGGAUCCACAGCAGCCUCCAUAUCCACGUAACGAGAUGUCUUAUGGAAAUGAACAUUAUCCACAGCAGCCCCCACCGUAUGGGCAGCCUCCUUUUCCUCAGGCUAACUAUGGGCAGCCUCCUUUUCCUCCGGCAAACUACGGACAGCCCCCAUUUCCAGUAGCAGGAUUUGGGCAGCCGUCCUUUCCACAAUCUGCCUAUGGGCAGCCUGGCUUACCUCAAGGAUCAUUUGGAGAGCCACCACAGCCAGUGUAUCCACAGGGUCAGUUCCAGCAGCCACCCAUGCCUCCACCUCCAAUGAUGCAUUCAAAUGUUGGCUUGGGAAGCCCUGGCUACCAUGAUGAUGUCCCUCCAUCUUAUUAUGACAACGAGGAAUUUAGUGCAGCAAACUUCGAAGACAAGAACAUCCGACGAGCAUUUAUUAGAAAGGUCUACUUGGUAUUGACUGUACAACUGCUGGUGACGUUUGCCUUUGUGUGCAUCUGUACAUUCGUGUCUGACGCUAAGAAAUUUGUGAGGCGCACUCCUUGGCUUUACUAUGUGUCAUAUGGAGUAUUCUUCGUCUCACUUAUUGCCCUCAGCUGUUGUGGAGAAUUCAGAAGAAAGCACCCCUGGAAUCUUGUUGCUUUGUCCAUCCUGACUCUGAGUAUGUCAUAUAUGGUUGGAAUGAUUGCCAGUUUCUACGAUACGGAUUCUGUAGUGAUGGCUGUUGGGAUCACUGCAGCUGUUUGUUUUACUGUUGUGCUCUUCUCCAUGCAGACGAAGUAUGACUUUACUUCCUGUAUGGGUGUGAUGCUGGUGUCUGUGGUCGUGCUCUUUUUCUUUGGAAUUCUAUGCAUUUUUAUGCAGAACCGGAUUCUCCAAAUUGUGUAUGCAUCAGUUGGGGCACUGAUCUUUACAGUGUUUUUGGCCAUUGACACACAGAUGAUUCUGGGGAAUAAACAGCUGGUUAUCAGUCCAGAGGAAUACGUUUUUGCAGCACUCAACCUUUAUACCGACAUCAUCAAUAUCUUUUUGUUCAUCAUGACGAUCAUUGGGCAUAGCAGGGAGUGAGAUCCCGAUGGAAGAGGAAGAAUGUGCUCCUGGUGUUAUGAAAAAUUAUCCUGAAGCCAUCUUUCCUUGUAUUGUCUAGGUUCUUCCUUUUGAACAGUCCAAUUGCCUCCCCUGUGAAUAAGCAUGUUUGCAUGGAUGGGCAAACGUGAACGUACAGCUUCACUGUGGCCAUCAGUGCUUUCAAUCUCAGUUGCUUGAUGGAUCAGGUUUAUCUGAUAUUCCCCUUCACCUGGAUAGUGAGUUCAAGGAUUCCUUGGUCCAGUUCAAAGAUUUGAAGAUUGCAAAUAGUUCACUUAAAAGAAAAUUGAGGUUUUUUUUGGAAGAGUGAGAUUGAAGCUGCAUUACAAUUAUGGUAACAAAUUGAAAUAUUCUGAAUUUAAGGCAACUUGAGAACAAAAAUCCUAUGCCUGUAAACAUGCUGAAUUCUAGUUCAGGGUCUGUAUAAUCCCAAGUGAACCUCAACCUGCACGUCUAGAAUUUCCCAGUUGGCAAAAUUAAAGUUAACUUACUAAAUGUGAAACCUGUAAAAUUGUGAAUUAUGACACUUUAAUUUAGUAAAAAUUAUAGCUUUAAUAUACUAAUCUUGUUGACCUAUGCAGGCCAUCUCUACAUGAAGAAUUGAAAGAAUUUUACAUUGCAGGCUGGACAGGGGUGUUGAGAGAGACUAGCAGUGGCUGUGAAUGAGUGAAUAAGGCAAACAGCAAGAUCUGUGAAAAUCAAGUUGUCAUAGUGGCAGCUUGGGAAAUGUAAUAAAGCUACAGUUAGCCAGCUCUGCCCUUGAAAGAAGUUAGUGCUUAAAGAAUAAAGGGACUUUUCUUUUUCAACUGAAAAUAAGUUACCUUUACUAUUGAGGAGAGCUUUGGAUUUGCUUUCAAGUUAAAUGAAAGAAGGUACCAAGUAGCGCAUUUCUAUUUGAUAAAUAAUGUGCUCUUUGGCUAGCUGAAAUAGGUAUGUGUUCUUGGAGCGCAGGCUGUGCUUUUGGGUUAAGUAGUAGUUUCCAAGUAUCGUUGCUGUGUACCAUUAUAAUUGACUAAGACUGAAUUGCAUGCUCAUGAUUUCUUUUAAUUCUUCUCAGAUUUAUAGAUAGAAGUCAGUGAUGCCAUGCUUUCCCCACCCCUCCACUGCAUUAUUUGGUAGGCACAUCAGAUUAAAGAGAGCAGGCUUUGAAUCCGUGUGACAAUAGCUCAGUAGACUUGUUAUAAGAUUACUUAAAAUGUUUUUGUUAUACUUGAGUACUUUCAUUAAUGAUUGAGCAGUAAUGAUCUUGGCUUAAGUCAUUGUCCUGCCUUUCCUCCAUUUAUACAUGUUUUCAAUGUUUGCAAACACUGAAGCAAUUGGGUUUUAUUAAUCAGGUUUAGCAUGGGUGGAACUGGAAGAGAAACCUGCAUAGGACAACAGAUGUUAAUGUUCUGUGAUGCACCUAACUCCUCCAAUGAAAAUAAUCACGUAGGAUUAACUUCAGUAUGCAUUUUUUUUUGUAUUUGUUGUAACUGCAUUAGUGUGAACAUUCAUGGGACCAUGCAUCGGUAAUGACAUUAUUGAACAAUCCAGAGUUACAUGCAUGUAGAUGGUAAAGUUUCUGUAACUGGAAAGCAUGAGGUAAUGAAGGAUACGAUUUCUUUAAAGUUGAAGACAAUGAAGGAAGCUGGUCCAAAGAAAUUUGCAUUUUUAGAAAAUAGUUUAAUUUGUUACUGUUAAAUGAAAGUGAGAAGAAUGUAUUGUGCUUAAAUUUCUAAAAUGUAUUUUGACUGUGAACCCAGAGCUAUUCAAAAAUGCAUGAGUAAAAUUAGUUUUAAAUAAUGGUGUUUGGAGAAGUCUGCUGUAGUACUUGAACAAGCUGAAGGUUAGAUAUUUCUUUCUAAUGACCAUUCUUGGUAUUUUUUUCUAAUGUACAGUAUAACCCAUUUACAUUCUUGACAAAGUGAAGAACUGGCUGGACUCCAUGCAAGUUUGAUUUUUUUAAAAUAUGCUUUAAAAGAAACACUUGAACAUCUCUUCAUAGGUGGUCAUGGGACACGGAAAAGCAAUUAUAAGGUUUUUAAAUUGUCUUUAUCUUGUAACAUAGUCCUGCUAACUUGUGGCUCAUUUAUGGUUUCAGACUAGUAUCAAUUUGUACUACUGAACUACAGUCUCACUAAUAUUUUAGGCUCCCAUUUUUGGAAUUUGCUUGUUCCACAAUCUUAACUUUUUUCAAUUGUGACUUUAAAAUCACAGCGUUCUUUGCAGUCAAGGUUUCUUUAAAAAAAAUACUGUUUCUUAAAAAAAAGAUGCUGGAAAUACUCAGCAGGUCAGGCUGUGGAGAAAAAAAUGUCUCUGGUCCUUCAUUUGUUCACAGGAUGUGGAAUUUGCUGGUAAGGCCAGCAUUGACGGUCCAUCAAUGAUUGGCCUUUGAACUGAGUAACUUGCUAAGCCCUUUAAGAGUUGAUUACUGUGGGUUGGAAGUCUCUGAGCAGACCAGGUAAGAAUGGCAGACUUCAUUCCCUGGAGGACAUUCAUCAACGAGGUAGGUUAUUACAUUAUUCUGGGAGUUUCAUAGCCACCAUUACUAAUACUAUCUGUUAAGUUCCAGAUUUAUUCAAUUAAAUAAAUUUAAAUUACCAAUUAAUGUAAUGGGAAUGCUCCAGGUCACCAGUCCAGGCUUGAAUAUACUAGUCUAUCAAUAUAACCCAAAUCUACUGUACCACCACAACACACACAAAAUGCUGGAGGAACUUGGGAGGUCAGGCAACACCUAUGGAGGGAAAUAAACAGUCGACAUUUUGGGUCGAGAUCCAUCAUCAGGACUGGAAAGGAAGAGGGCAGAAGCCAGAAUAAGGAGGUCAGGGGAGGGGGGAGGAGCACAGGCUCCUCACAGGUGAUAGAUGAGUCCAGGUGAGGGGGAAGGUAGGUGGGUGGGGGAUGGGGGAAGAUGUAAGAAGCUGAGAGGUGAUACGAAGAGGCAAAGGGUUGAAGGAGAAGGAAUCCGGUAGGAGAGGACAGUAGACCAUGGAAUAAAGGGAAGGAGGUGGGGAAUAGAUGGGCAGGUCAUGAGGGCAGGGGAGGGGAAAGAGAAGAGCUGAGAGUGCCACAGGAAUGAGGAAAAUAAAGGGGGAGAAAAGGGAAAGAAAAAAGGGGGAGCUGGAAGAGGGGAGAGGUUACCAGAAGUUAGAGAAAUCGAUGUUGAGGCUGUCAGGUUGGAGACUAUACAUAGAUGCUGCCUGACCUGCUGAGUUCCUCCAGCAUUUUAUGUGUGUUGCUCCAGAUACCAGCAUCUGCAGAAUCUCUUCUGUCUCUGUCCUACCACAACUUUGUUUUGGCUAAAGGAAGUUGACCUGAAUUGUCAACAUUCCUGCUGACCAUUCCAACAUUUUCUAUUUUUGUUUCUGACUUCCACUAUAUAGGCGUAAAGUCAGGAUUAUUAUUCACCUAUUUUUAGAAAGAUGCUGCCUUACCUGCUGAGUAUUUGCAGCAUUUUUCUUUAUUUCAGGAUUAUAAUGACAUGUCCAAACAUGCCAUAUCUGCAGAAAUGUUUUCAGUGCAGACCAAAUCAUGAUUGAUAAACCCAAAGGGUUUUUUGGAUGGGAAAAUGGGGAAUGCAGUUUGAACUUGGAGUUUGUGUUUAAUUACACAUGAUUAGUCCAAUAGUAUCACCUUAUGCUAAUAGUAGUUAGAUAUAGUACAUGGCAACUUGACCUCAGUUGCCUAAAUUUUCUUUUCCAUUCUCCGUGUAGGGAUAGGAUGAGGAAAGAAUUUUUUUUCCCCAAGUAAGGAAAAGGUUGGAGGAAGUUUUUCUUGACUAGGUUGGAAUUGUUCAAACAUUUCACUCAAUAUUUUACAACCAGCAGAGAUGAUCCACUCAAUGUGAAUUUCAGCAUACACCAGUUUAGAAGCGUGGCCUAUUUCUGAGCACAUUAACCCUGUUUUUCUCUCUCCACAGAUGCUGCCUGACUUGCUUCGAAUUUGUAGCAUUUUCUGUUUUUAUUUCAGAUUUCCAGCCUCUGGGAUUUCUUGCCUUUUUGGUAAUUACAAUUGUGUUUGUCCUUGUCCUUUGCCAGUGAAGUCGUGCCUUUGCUCUCGUAACACUUGUUCAUUGAAGGCAUGUGAAUACCAGGGAUGUACUGUAAAUUGGAAUAUCUUGAGAUACAGCCAUCUUUAUUUUUGUAGCACUUUACUGUUGAUACAACUUUAGGUGUACUGAGUUAAUACAUUUUCCUAUCACUUCUGGCUCCUUGGGUCCUAUUCAACUGGAAAGUGAAAUGGGUGUCUCGUCUUUUCUGACUAAGAAUCUUUGAUGAAAUGCUUGGCUUCUAGUGGAGUUGUGAAAGUGGUCUUGGCAACAAGUAGGCAUUCUCAUUCCAGCUACAAAAAAAAACUAGUAUUGCAAAAAUUGCCCUUUAAAAUGAUUGGGGUGAAGCAGAUUGAGGGAGCGUGGGUGAGUUGUACACUGCAGGCAAUUUGUAUUGUAAUGCUGAUGUUUGCUACCUAGAUGGGAAAGUGUUCUAUGUGUGUGACUUUUGAAAUUAACUUGCAAUAAAACGUCCAAAUUGUUUCUGCAAAAUAAAACUUUAAGGAAUAUAAAUUUGCAAUCCAGAAAAUGAGGUAAUUCUAAGAAUUACGUAAUCAUAAUUCCUGUUAAUUUCAUGGGUCUGAUUUCAUAAUGUCUUUCCAAAAUGUUUGAACAUGCACCAGAUGUGUUUAGCAAUUUCAGCACCUCUCAAAUAUAAUCAUUUAAUUUGCCUCUUAAUUGAUCUGAUUUUGCAUUUGAUUGUUUAAUCCAGAUUGUACCUGCUAAUUUGAAAAUUUGAUUUUGCUGCAUUUUUGCCACAAGCAAUUAUUGCUUCUUUAAUGUUGACAGGAUUUCUUGUGUCUUGUUUUUAAAGACACAUCAACUCUGGUACAACUUAACAAAAAUUUCAGUUUCUUUAUAUCCCUUACUUCAGUUAGGCAGUUUUCAACUAAACAUGGUCCUGGAUGUAUAGUAUUUAUAAAAUUUGAGAAUAUUUAUUGCGUAUCUUUUGCAUGAUAUUUAAACCUGUUUGAUGCAGCAUUUGAGAUUAUUUCAAAAUAACUUUUUUAAAAUAGACUAAGGUUUGGUAAGCUUUAUUUCUGGAAUAAAUUUGGGACUGCUGAAUGCUUUUUUAAUCCUUGAUUAUCCUGAAGUUGCAGCACCCUUAUUUUCUAUAAUCUCUCUUCCUUCUGGAUUAUUGGGUAGGAGAGUGAGCUUUGGAUGUAUUCUCUGUUUGAUGUAAGCUAUGCACCUUAGGAAAAGUUUAUUGUUCUUUCAUGUUUUAAAUUGGCUAAAGUAUAGAGCAAAGCCACUCUAACUGUCCAGUUUUCUGAACACCUCGGUAUUUACUGUUGCCGGUAAGAUGUCCAGCUGAUGCGACUGCCAGAGGUCUGUAAAUGCAGAGGUAAAUGCACUUCAGAGACGUACUGUAUUACUAUAUUAACUUGUGCUUUGUUGCAGUGAUUACACGAAUAAACUUUUCAUGCACUAAA